AUGAGACAAGGAAUGCAAGACAAGCCGCUCUUCUCCCAAACAGAUACUUCAACACAAACUCUUAAGGUGAGAUCAUACCGUCCAGUGCAUUUGGUUGGGAGAAAACAAUGUGAUACUAAUGUCUACUACUUUACUACACUAACAUUCCUUUUUAACCAUGUUUCCAAAAUUUAUUGACUGAGAUCACAUCUUUCUAAUAGAGUUGGCGGGGCAAAGUGUUUUUUUUUUUUGGGGGGGGGGGGGGGAGGGUAGCUUCCUUCAUAAUAUCUUCUUGGUUUUGUGCAUACUGAUGUGUUCUUUUUCGAACAUUCUUGUAUUCAGUCAGAACAGCUAAAUGCCCAACAAAUGGCCAUAAUGUUCCAGAAUAGUGUGCUGGAUGCAGGAUUUGUUGCGCGGGAGCUCUCACACAAAUCAUAGAGAAGUAUGCCUGCAUGGUUUAUCAAAUAUAAUGCCCCUAGCGAUUCGUGGACUUGUGCAGUUAUGUGAAACACUUUCAUUUGUCAACACUUAUCAUUCAAACGUUAACGCCAAAACGAAAAGCAAAUGAUUGCAAUUACUCAUGCCACUCGAUAAUGGCUUUGUCUUUACCAAUUUCAUCCAAUACACUUUGCAGACACUGAAUGGGCGGCAAAAGACAAGUAAAUCAUAACGAUCAAUAACAAGCACUAAAAUUCACUUCGUACAAUGUAAUGCAGACAUUACUCAGACACCUUAUUUUGGCACACGGGGCUUCAUAGAUGGACUGUACAAUCAGACUCUUGUUCCCUUCUUUUGGGCUUCGCAACAAGAUUUGUGCUGACGGCCGCCAUGGAGAAAGGCGGCCACCUUACGGAUGGUCAAGUGGACCAGCAACGCUGCUUGGGGGGCUGGUCGGUCACUUCGGGGGUGGUCCACCUGGACGUCAAGAAGAUAAUCGAACAGUAUUCCAACAAUGCUGGACUAAUAACUCUUGUUAGGUAUUGAUUGAAGUUGCACAUGCGAAUAAGAGAUAGAUACAAACUAUGAUAAGUACGUACUCCACGUUGAGAACCACAGGUUUUUUAGGGACGACACACAAUUAUUUGCUUAAAACAGCAGUACUCAAAGAGUUUAUGAAUAUUGCUUAGCUUUACAUGUACUUUGAUGUUGUUAUGACCCCAGUUGUUCAAUCAGAAGCAGAUGUGCACUUUAUGUCAUCACAAAACGAAUCCGUUCCAUGCCAGAAGGGAAUGUGGCUUUUCUUGUUGUAAUGUUUCAGAAAAAAAGUAAUGUUCCUUCUCCCUUAUAAGGAUUACGCACCCCUGAGGAGAGGCAGCAGAGGCUACGCGGCAUUCCAACCGCCUACAAUUAUAGGUUGGAAGCUCCUGUAAGGGACUUGAAAAGUCAGGCAGAUGCUAGUGAAUCCUAUCCCGAGGAAUUGAAGGCAUUUGUUGACAACUAUGAGCCCUUGAAAAAGGCACGAGGUAAGUUAAGAAUGGAUUACGCACCCCUGAGGAGAGGCAGCAGAGGCUACGCGGCAUUCCAACCGCCUACAAUUAUAGGUUGGAAGCUCCUGUAAGGGACUUCAAAAGCCAGGCAGAUGCUAGUGAAUCCUAUCCCGGGGAAUUGAAGGCAUUUGUU